GUCAGAGAGGCUCUUCGACAGACAGCCGCAACACGCUUCCACAGCCUUCACCCGCAACUUUGGCCUCAGAUAUCAUUUUUAACACUUGACUCGCACUCUUGUCUUGUCUCAUGUGUAUGAAUGUGUCUGACUACUGAGUAUCGUCACUACUUACGGAGCGUGUUUUUUAUACUGGAUUGUAGAAGUAACGGGCAGCUAUAACGAGGCUAUAGCAGGCUAGCUAACGUUAGCUAGCGACCUGGCUAGCUGCACACGAGCUGAGCGUUGCUCGGUGGUGGGGUGGGGGGCGGUGUGCCUACUGUCGUUUGAUGGAUCCAAGAAUUGCCUGGUUUCAACCAGAACAACGCGGACCAGCUAACAACCUGUGGAUGCAGAUUUGGGAGACGACACAAGGACUCGGUUACUUGCAUCUAAAUAACAGCUACACCUCCGGACCUCAGACCGUGUCGAGCCUGAAAGCGACCGUGAACGGGGCGCCGGGAGCCGUCCUUACCAGCAGAAACGGAGGACUUGACUCAAACACCGGCAGCGGGGAAGCCAGGACUCAGGGGAUGUCGACCUCAAUGGGGGACGCAGAAAUAAAAGAACAGCGGGACUUUAUACCACUAGAAACCAAUAGCAACCACAACAACCGAGCCGCUGGCAGGGGCGGUGUCGGCGGCGGAGGAGGGGUGCAGCAGCAGGGCGGCGGGGUCGCUGUGCAUUGGAGGGGGCUGACGGACGGACACCCCAACAAAAGGAAAAGAGACAACAAAGCUAGCACUUUUGGAUUCAACUCCAGCCUCUUGAACAGUGACAGCGGCUCCAACACAGGAGGCUACAAUGAUUACACGGGCACGCCAUGGAAAGCAAGGAACUACUCUGAAGGAAUUGUUGGGUUACAUGAAGAGAUCAGCGAUUUCUAUGAGUACAUCUCCCCGCGGCCGGAGGAGGAGAAGAUGAGACUGGAGGUGGUGGACAGAAUCAAAGGCGUCAUCAACGACCUAUGGCCAAGUGCUGAGGUCCAAGUGUUUGGGAGCUUCAGCACUGGUCUUUAUCUGCCAACAAGUGACAUUGACUUGGUGGUUUUUGGGAAGUGGGAGACUCUCCCACUCUGGACGCUGGAAGAGGCUCUCCGGAAGAGAAAUGUUGCAGAUGAGAACUCCAUUAAAGUUCUGGACAAGGCAACGGUUCCCAUCAUCAAACUGACUGAUUCCUUCACUGAGGUCAAAGUGGACAUCAGCUUCAAUGUGAAAAGUGGCGUUAAAGCUGCUCUGCUCAUCAAGGAUUUCAAAGAGAAAUACCCUGUGCUGCCUUACCUGGUGCUGGUACUGAAGCAGUUCCUACUGCAGAGGGACCUUAAUGAAGUUUUCACCGGAGGAAUCGGCUCCUACAGUCUCUUCCUCAUGGCUGUCAGCUUCCUGCAGCUACACUACAGGGACGACGUCUGCAAUCCCAACAUGAACAUCGGCGUACUGCUGAUUGAAUUCUUUGAGCUCUACGGUCGCCACUUCAACUACCUGAAAACAGGCAUCAGGAUAAAAGAUGGAGGCUGCUACGUUGCCAAAGAUGAAGUUCAGAAGAACAUGAUGGACGGUUACAGGCCUUCCAUGCUCUACAUUGAGGACCCACUACAGCCAGACAAUGAUGUCGGCCGGAGUUCAUACGGUGCCAUGCAGGUGAAGCAGGCAUUCGACUACGCCUAUGUGGUGCUCAGCCACGCUGUGUCACCCAUUGCCAAGUACUACCCCAAUAAUGAGAUGGAAAGCAUACUGGGCCGAAUAAUCCGGGUGACUCAGGAAGUGGACGAGUACAGGGAAUGGAUCAGAAAAAACUGGGGGAGCCAGUCUCAGAACGAACUGACACUCAACAGAAAUGACGUCACACUCUUUGAGUCCCAGCAACUCGAUGAAUGCAACAACAACGUUCCAGGUGAUGACGUUGUGGUACUACCGUCUGCUCCUCACAGCAAAACCUCCUCCAACUCCUCCUCUCCAUCCCCGUCACUGCGCUCAUCUCCCUCCUCCUCCCCGCUGUCGCCCUCCACCUCAUCCUCCAGCUCCAGCGAUGCGGACUCUGAUGGCACGCCGUGUAAGACAGCUAAACAGCAGUCUGGUCGGGGCCCCAGCACCCACAGAGAAAAGUCUGCAGUCGUCACUAAUCACCGGACACAGAGCCACACUACCAGCACUCCACCUGGAAACAACAAGGGAGGAAAGGCCAGGAUGUCUCGUUCCCACCACAAGAGCGGCCACCACGCACAGCAGAGCUCCUCCAAUACCAAAAGUCAUCAGAGCAACAAGCCACACCACCAGGGCAACAGCAAGAAGAGGAAAAAUGUGCGAGACACUACACAAGAAGACCUUUGCAGAUAGGGGUGACCUUGCCUGCCCCCUCCUCCCGUACACCCCCUCAACCCUUCCUUGUCUGCAACUGACUGACUGUCCCACUUCUGCUGCCAGACUCCAGCCUUGGGAGGUUGUUAGUAGUAUUAAAACUUCUACAGUAUCUGUCUCUCUGUCAAGCUUUUCGGGGUGACGAGCAACAAUUUCUAGCAGGAGAGGAGAAAAAAAAGAACAAAAAAAAUUUGUUUUAGGAAAUGAGGUCUAAUUUCUCAGACCUUGAACUGAAAUCAUAAAGGAUAGUUGCUCAUUUGCUUCCCAACAUGCUUCUUCUACGGAGCCUUCCACAGCCAGCACCUACACUACAUGCCUCUUGCGCCUCCUGCUGUACAGGAAUAGACAGGUCGGGUGUCUGGAAUCUACUCUGGAGCAAUACGUGGAACGGCUGGCUGUACUUUUCACAGAUGAAAAUAGGAUCCAAAAUUUUAUCAAAAACAGCAAAAAAAGAUGAAAAAAGGCAAACGGCUUAAAAUGUACAAAAAACAAAUGAUGAACAACAUGUACACUGAUUUUUCUAAAGAUGGUAACUGACAAAUGCAAUCAGUAAGAGUGGGAUAUAACUUAUGCAUGAGAUUUCUUUCCGUUGGUUGAUUUUUUUUUCUGUUUGUUUAAUCUGUUUUGUUAUGUCUAAAACAGGUUAUACAAAGAUUUGUAUAAAAAAAAUGCAAAUGCAAAAAAAAGCAAAAAAAAGCUUAAAAACAAACAAAACAAAAACACUAGACACAAGUAAAAGGAAAUUGUUUCAUAUGACCUUUUUACAAGAUAUACCGAUUGAAGACAUGUUAACGUACACAUCCUGUGCCCGCAACUUUUUUGGCAAAAGCCAAAAGCUGGUUUGGGUCCCAUUGCCAACAUAAAUCAUCAGCAUCAACGUUUACUCCUGGUUGCUCUCUGUGAGUGUGUAACAGUGUUAACAUUUAGCCUUGAGUGAGCCAACGCUCACGUACAGCCCUAUAGACGACUGGAUGGAGCCUGAUCUCUCACCCAGCUCAAUAGCACAGCCACACCGACGUAGAGGCUUUAAGAUGACUGGUUUAAAAUUAGCAAAAGGGGUCAUUAUGAUUUUAUUGAAAAAUCCUACACUUGAAAGUUAAAAAAAAAAGUGUUAAUAAUACAACUGUGGGUGAUAAUCUGUUUCUCUGGUAAUCUACCUACUAUAAAAUCAUUUGUAUUUGUUAAAUGUAUUUAUUUUUUUAUUAAUUAUAUGAACAUAGUAUGGAUAUGUGUAUUAUUAACAUAGAGCCCAUAUCUUUGAGUCCUAUAUUGAAAUAGGAUAAGUUGCUGGGAGGGUGGGGGGGCGGGUAGAGUUAUAUUGAGGUACAGCAAAAUGCCACCUUUGUUAUUUUAUUGGGUUGUUUUUUGUUUUUUUCUUUUCAGUGACAGUUGAGUGACCAAGUUACUUUGAAACGUUUGAGAGACCAUUUUACUAGUUAAUGGUGAGAAUUUUGUUUUAAUACGUGGCUGGUCUACUUAAUUUAAAAGGGAGUCGAUUUUUUUUUUUUUUAAAUUUCAUUUUAUAAAUUAUCUUAGCAACAAACACAAUAUGUCAAUCCCCCUCUGUCAUUGCAGUACAACAACUUAACCUCUAGAUGGAGUCAUCGCUCCGGUCUGAGUCCACACAGUUUGGGCUUUUAUACUGCAUUUGAUUUGGUUUAUCUCUGCGUUGUUAUUCUUUUUUCUCUUUUUUUGUGUUUGACUCAUAAGUGAACGAGCAGCUGCACAUAGAAAACAUGUUAAGCUGAGUACUUGCUGGAGGGAGUAGUACACCAAAGCACACCACAAUCCUCUUAUUGUCUCUAUCCCAAAUGUCACCCCCAAAUCCACCCACAGUGAUAUGAAACAAAGAGCCAGCAAUAAUACCACCUCACAUCAUACAUGAUUAAGGACAACAUGCUCACCCCUGAGUAAGUUUUAUCUUACAUGUUCAGACGGAAAAGCACAUCCAUGCACUAACUUACAAACUUUUAGAUUUUGGUGUUGAAAUGCGUGUUAGUUAGUUUAUUCUUCUUUUUGGCCCCCCCGACUCCUCCGUUCUACGGUUUUUUAAAAGCGGUUUAAAUAAAUGCAGUAUAUAAGCGCUGGUCUUGUGUUAGACGGACCGGGAGAAAGGUGAAUGAUGUUAGCAGUGCCAUCUGAAUGUCCACUUUACCAUCUCUAUAUUCACUGCAGGAAGGCCUCAAACCCAACUGUACCCAUCUCUGCAGCUAUUACAAUUCAUGCAAUAAAAACAGUACAAU